CAUUAUCCAAAGAGAAACCCCCACGCCGAAGCGACCCAAGAGAAGAGACCCCCAAAUGGCGGCCGCAUCCAUGCUCACCACCGUCUUCUCCCCUCUCGCUCUCCUCCGUCCGUCGGCCUCCUUCGCGCGGCUGCGCCGCGCAGCUCCCACUGCCGCCGUGGUCGUGCGCGCCGCGGCCAAGUCUACAGCCGCGGCGGCGGCCCCCAAUAAGAAGAGGGCGGCGACCGGCAUCACGAUUCCCCGGCCCGUGUCCCCGGCGCUGCAGGCGUUCAUGGGCGCCGCCGAGGUCCCCCGCACCGAGGCCAUGAAGCGCAUCUGGGCCUACAUCAAGCAGAACAACCUCCAGGACCCUGAGGACAAGAAGAUCAUCGUGUGCGACGAGAAGCUGAAAGCCCUGUUUGCAGGCCGAGAGCGUGUUGGGUUCCUGGAGGUUGCCAAGCUUCUGAGCCCUCACUUUGUGAAGGUUCCAUGAAGCCUCUUCCGUGGAGUAGUCGAGUUAGCGUAGAUGGUUUCUACUUUCUGGUGGUCUCGGCGGUGCGUAGGUUUGUCUUGUUGGUCCGAGUCGGCUCGACUUCUAGGGUUCUUUUGCUCUCUGCGGACAAUGAUGUUAGUGUACUUCUGGCAGUAACAAUAUGGAACGUCUUUAACAGCUUUAAGCUCUUAUGCUUGCAGACGGUUUGUGUAUGCAUAGUGUUCUGGCA